UCAGUCUAUCAGUUUCCUACCCGUCUUGGAUACCCUAGUUUCACCGUAGAGAAACAUCAACAUAGUAACCCGGGAAAGGCAGCCUCAGAGGCGGGUAGCGACAUUUACUCCAAGAAAUCUCACCGCCGGAUUGGAUAUUUGGUUGCCUGGACAAACGCCGAGAUAACAAAAAUGGGUGCAUGCUGUUAGAAAAAGUUGCUAGCUUAGUUGGCACAACUGUUAGCUAACAUUGGUUCGCUAACGUUAGCCAGCUAACGUUAGCAAACAGACAGCUGAACGAAACUGAAGAAGUCCGGAGAAGUUUGGAUUUUCUCACUACGAGGACAUCGGCAUGAAUGUGGACAAAUAGACACAUCGGACCGUUUCCCUAAAGGUGACUGGGAGAGAUGAGGAGCAGCAGGAGGACUGAAGCGCCUGUUAAAAGCACCACUCAUCAGCUCCCAGAUCACAAUAUUGGCACAGAGCUGACAACUGCAUGGACAACUUUGGCUCAGUCCAAAGCUGCUUUGCGGCAUAUAGAAAACCGUCUAGAGGCAACUCCAGGGACAGGGGUUCUCCUAGACUCUGUCAUGGACCCCCCCAGGAAAAAGUCCUCCAGGACAGUCCGCUGCAGGGAUGGACAACAAGCUGAUGACAAUGGGGGGUCUUCAAAGCGAAGGGGGUGUAGUCAGCAGAGUCCAGAAAAGAGCAGCUCACGCAGCCCACUGAGAAAUACCACCCAGGACAGCAAUGUCCGCAGGAACAACAGUGUGGAGUUCAGGGAACCACUUGCCUCCUACAGAGAGGCCACCCCCCCACCAUAUCCCACCACUCAGCUGGAGGCCUACGGUCUGCAGUCAGUGCCAGGGUCUUCGUUCGCAUCCUCUACACCUCCCUCAGAUCCUCUGCUCAGCCAGCUGGUCUACCAGAGAGACACCAGGGACAAACAGACGGACAGGGACCUGGAUAGCACACGAUCCUCAGCUCAGGAGAACACAGAGGUCCGCUACCUCAAUGACCAGCCAGCCCUGGUCACUCUGGGGGCUAUUGGACACCAGUCACAUCUCACGGGUGUAAGACUCCCUGACGAAGAAAGCACUCCCAAAGCACAGCCUGGCAUGGAUAGCCAAGAGUCAAGCCCAUGUGUAGCUCCAGCCUCAGGCUCCAUACGCCGAGGGGAAAGCACUCCCUCCACCAGCCCUGGCUCAGCUUCCCAGCGGUUGGAGAACCUGAGGCGACAUCAGCCUGAUGAUAAACUAGAGAAGCUCAAAGAGCGUAUUCGCAGGCAGAGACAACACCUGGAGGAGGCUGCCGAGAGAGAGAAGCUGCUGGGUUUUCUGGAACAGCCCAUUGUGGCAGCUGUGGGGAGUAACGAUGCCAGUACUCGCAACAUGCCCACAGCCAAAAUACGGAAAGUAGCAGCUGCACCGCCUGCUCCUAUAUACAAAGGUUUCAAUAGUACUGAGACAAAGAUCCGGACUCCUGAUGGGAAAGUUUGGAAAGAGGAGGAGUUUCAUAACCUCAGCAGAGAAAUAUACAGCGACCUGUCACGACAGUUUGCUGAGACCACCAGAUCCAGGCAUCAGCAGCAGAGAGAACAGAGAGCAGACAGGUCCAAAGAGAGGAGACCUCCCAAACCAGUCAGGAAGGUCCACAGAGCUGCCCCUUCCUCUGACCUAAAUGCAAAACCAGUAAUAAGUCCUGCAUCAUGGCGAGAGGGCCAGAAGCUGGUGAAGAUGGUCCUUGGUCCAGUUCCCAAGCUUCCCAGGGAGGACAGGCCCCAGCAAGCUGAUGGACUGGGUCGGACAGCUUCCCAUUAUCGUUCCAGUUUGGACCGCCACUCAGAAUCAAAACCACGAUCUCGUCCUAACAGCACAGAAAGGCCUCGUAGUGGAUCACAAGGGCAUACCAAAAUACACUCUACAAACACAUCUACCCCUUCAUCUGGAGAUCGGGACAAGGCCCAUGUGGGUGUAAGCGCAGACCUGUUGUCAGCAGACAUCCAGGGGAUACUUGAUGACCUUCAGCUGGAGUGCAAAACAGCUGAGAGGGAGGAUAGGGCCCGUCAAAGGUCCCGGGGUGGGAGCAGCAGUAGGAGAGGGAGAGGAGGAUCAGGGUCACGGACAAGGACUCCAGUCUCUGCUUGGGGAGCUACUGUAGCAAUGGCGAGCUCCUCAAGAGGCUGCCGCAGCGCCAGCCCAACUACUCGCAGACCAGAGACUGCCAAUUCGGCUGACGCAGGGCACAAAAGGCGACAUUACGAUGCUGAUACUGUUCGGCAGUACAUUUCCAGGCAACAAGAGGAGAGAAAAAGGCGUCAAGCAGAAGAGAAGAGGGCACUGAGGGAAGACGCAGAGAGGAGAAACCAGAGAUUGAAGGAGCUCUACAGGAAGCAAAGAGAAGUGGCAAGAACAGCAGCCCUUCCUAGUGAGACACCUGUGUCCCCUGUACAACGGCGACUACAGGAGACCUAUAACAAACUGCUGCUGGAGGAGGCUGAGCUGAGCGUGGAGGCCACACAGACACAACCUGCUGCUCCUUCUAGUCACAUGAGGCCGAUGUACCAGCCAUCCGGAGAAUCAGACAAGGAAAACAAAAGACUAGAGGCACCACAGAGCCCCUCGAGCAGUGAUAGAUCUUUGAAUGAUCAGCCACCUCCUCCAUUAUCCAGGAAUGAUCUGGAUGUUAGAUUUGCUCCUUUUCUUCAACCUGACCGUCUGAGCCCAGUUGUUCGACCUACAGCUGGCCCCAGCAGCAGUGCACUUGCUCCUUAUGGCGACCACCUCCUCUCUCAGCUUCUCAGGAUGGAAACUGCAGUGGCAGCUGGUGAUGUCCAGCACACCCAGCGGCCAGCCACAGCACCAUCCAGCAGGUUGCAGUCCAAGAUGUCUCGCAUUGAGGCCCUUAAGGCCACAGCCGCAUCCCUCUCCAACCGCAUAGAGAGUGAGGCGAGAAAGCUUGCUGGGGAGGGGAUCAACUAUGGUACAGCAACUUCAGUGGGCAUGGAUACUAUUUUGGCUCAGAGGCCAUCUCAAGCUAAUCUUGAUGGAGGCUGGGCAGAAACAGCUGCCACAGAAAAUAAUGACGUGGCAUUGAGGAUCCAGAGGAUUUUGACUAGCACAGGUCACAGUCCUUAUAAUGGCACAGCUCUUCCAGGAGAAGGCAAUCUGCAUACUUUCAGUGGACAGAAAGAAACAAAAGGUACACACACCAACUGGACCAAUCCCCAAGGUGAUGUAACAAGUUCCAUUCUCAACAGUUACGUACGUGAAAGAGGGAAGCUAGGCAAUGACUUGGAAAAGGUAGAGAGAAUGGAUCAAACUGCACAAAGUAGAGGAUACGGAUUGAUGGAGGACAAGAAUCGGACAGAUCUUCAUGACUCAAGUGCGGGUUCCAUCAGUGAGGGUCCUCUUCUGAGUGAAGGGAGUUUUUCUGAAGAUGAGGUAAGCCCUCAUCACCAGGCCAGCAAUCAUGUACCCAGAGCAGCAGACCGCUUGGAGGCAGUGGACUACUGUGCAGGUCAAAGAAGAGAUUACCAGCGACUGUCAGAGUUCCAGAGGGAGGCAGCAAGGUGCCCGACCCUCAGCUCACCCUUUGCGCAGCAUGAUGGCAGCAAAGCAGCCUGGGAAGAACUGAACAAAGGAAGCCCUCACAGUGUUAUAAACAUCUUCACUAAGAACCUUCAAAGCCAUGUUAGAGCGAGGGAGAGGAACUCUCCCUCUGCCCAUUCUGUGCACUCUGGAAAUGGCCUAGUAGAUGCAGCCCUCUAUGAAGACGACUUUGUGUCAUCACAUAGCAGUGGAGCCAGUGGACAGUCAAAGGGAGCCUCUAAUUCCCGCAGCAUGAACAAUCAUUUUGAGGAGCUAAUGCGAAGAUCUCCCUAUGAGAAAAGUACAGGUGGCAUCAGUUCACACCACUCGUCCUUUCACUUAUCUGUUCACUCACCACAUCUUUCCUCUGGUUCACCAUCUGGCUCGUCACCCUUCUCCAGCAAGCACUCCACAAGAAAGAGAGGUGCAGCAUCAGACCAGAGCGAUGCCACUCUAGUGGAAGAGCAGAGGAGCUCCUGCUCACCUCCCUCAGAGGCUUUAUCCUCUGACUCCAGGAAAAGGGGCUCAGACAACAGUCAGACCAAGAGUGUCCACUCUAAUGACACUUUAGGGGAAACUUCUCACCAAAGUAAAAAGUCUUCAGCAGCCAGGCCCAAACAGACUUCUCCUUCAAGCUGGUCAGACCCUGGUUCUCCUCCAGCAGCAGACUCUCCUAGUGAGCCUGUCCGAAGUGGCUCGCUUAGGGUGAAUAACCCAAACACAGGCACUGCAGCUCACAGUGGUAGAGCAGAGACCAAGACCACAGGUGAGCUACAGUAUUCUCCUGCUGCCUUGCAGCAGCGUAUGGUAGCAGAGCUCCAGUACCUGGAGUCCAUUGAGGAGUCAGUUCGGCAGCUGGGGGACGUGGAGAGGCUGAUGGGUGUAUCCAUGGCUCAGCAGGAGAGCGUGUCAUUGGCCCAGAUGCUUAAGGCCAAGCAGCAGCGCCAUGAGCGUGACCUCUAUGAACUGAAGAUCAAGGCUGAAAGAGAAGCCCUGGAGACACAGCUACAGCUGGAGGAAAACAGGCAGAGAGUGGCCAGGGCUCAUAUAGAACUGCAGGAGAGCUUGGCAGGAACUCAAAAAGAAACUUUGGAGGGCCUCCAGGAGGCAACUAUGAAGAUGAUGAGUCAACAGACUGAGGCAGCACGGUACACAGCCGAUGCUGCCCGACACAUCAAGGAGAUGACAGAAUCAGCACGAUCACAGAUAGCAGGGGCUUUAGUCGUUCCCGCUGUUGUAACUGCUUCAUCCGUGUUGGACGAGCGAGAAGAAGAGCAGAGUUCCUAUUCAAAGCAGGGACGGGACAAAAUUGACUCUGACAGCUUCCAGAGUGAUGUGUCAAGUAAAGGGAAUAAGCCAGAGGAACCCCUGUCUUCACUGAACAGCCUCAGCCACUCUGACUCUCUAUCCUUCAGAAGACCCAAACUCAGUGGAGCAGACUCAAGUAGCCACAACAGCCCAUCGCAGGUAUCCUUGGACCGCAGAGAUUGGAUGAAAAAAGAGGCUGUAGAUGGGAAUUGGAGGAAGGGCGGAACUGAAGUGGGGCUGGAGAGGGAAGCAGGCACUAGCUCCAUAGAGGAGGAACAUCUUACAGCAGCAAAUGACUCCCUCUGCAGUGACAACAUCGCCUCUAUAGUGGAUGAUAAAGCAGACAGUACAUCAGUGGCAACAGAGUACUCUCUCAAGUUUGAUGAGUCCAUGACAGAGGAUGAAAUAGAAGAGCGCUCCUUCCGCUCUCUGCUACCGUCUGAAGCGCACCGCCGUGGAACGAAGGAGAAGAAGUCCCAUCACCAUGAGGAAUCGGAGGAUGAUGGAGCCAGUCACAACAUGACAACGGUUUCAGGGGCACACAGUAUCUUAAAGUCUCAGGAUGCAAACAUGGCCUUUUCUGGUGGACAGGACAGCUUUUCACAGUUCACCAUGGACAUGGUGCGCCAGUACAUGAAGGACGAGGAGGUGAGACUUCAGCACCAGAGCUCUCUGCUUCGUCUUCGCCAGAAAGCUCUCAAAGACAAGACCAAAACUGAGCUGGCCUGGCUUGAGCACCAGAAAAAGAGGCUGAGGGACAAGGGAGAGGAUGACAAAAUGCCACCCAUCAGGAAGAAGCAGAGGGGCCUUCUGAUGAAACUACAGCAGGAGCAGGCUGAGAUCAAGCGACUUCAGGAGGCCAACAAAGCAGCAAGGAAGGAGAGGCAGCUGUUGCUGAAGCAGCAGGAGGAGAUUGAGCGCAUGAGAAGCUCUACACUCAGACUGAAGGAGCGUCUCAAGUGUGCUGGGGGUGAAGAACCACCUGAGACUCCUGUGUCAGAAACUCCUGUAUCUGAGGCAGCCUCCCCAAACAUGAGGCAUGCUGAGGAUGUCCGCAGCCCUUCUCCCUCACUGUCAAUCUCUGGAAGUGAGACAAGCAGCAUCAUGCAGAAGCUCAAGAAGAUGCGCUCUCACAUGGAUGAGAAGUUCUUGACAAAGCGAGAGCAGCAGCUGAUGCAGAGGCGUCACCAUGCUGAGGAGCUGCUGCAGUGGAAACAGCGACUGGACCAGGAGGAAGCAGAGGUCCGUAGGAUGGAAAAGGAGGCCCUGGCUGUUUGGGACAGACAAAAACCUCAAGACAAGGACAUGGCAGAGAGUGAGAAGAAGGAGAUCUCCAACAUCAGCCUCAGCCUCAGUCACCAUCAAAGCUCAGAGCCCAGAACUGACAGUGAGAAAGACUACGUGAGUGACUGUUCCUCAGCGACACCUGAGUCCAGUAUACACACAGAGGCACUGGGUUCCCAGCAGCCAGGAAGCCCAUCUUUAGUACAAUCUGUGUCGAUCCCUGAAACACCUUUGGCCUCCAUCCAGAGCAGCCCUGCAAAUUACACCCAGGACUUCACUUCAGCUUCCCAGUCACCUAGCAGACAAUCUCUCCAGUCUCCACUUAAAGGCAGCCACAGCCCCGCUGCCUCUCCUUCAGAUAGUAGCAGCAAAACCAAGAUGCAGCUUCGCUCCUCCUCCCGGACUGCCAACCAGGCCCGGAUUCAGCCAACUGAGUCUCCAAUGGCCACACAGACUGAACCCAUUUCAGACCAGAGUGACAUAGAGAGCCGUAUCAAGGCCUUGAAGGAAGAGCUCAGAAAGCGAAAGUUUAUGGCCUACCAGCUGAAAAAAGAGCAGAAGAAGAGGAACAAGGAGCGCCUGAAGGCACAGGAGGCCAGCCUACUUAAGCAGUUGGAGAGUUAUGACAACUUCAUUGAGAAAACGAAGGCGGAACUGAACAAGAAGCCAGACUUGACACCUGACACCGAGUCCCAGAUCAAAGACUCAACCUCAGUUGCAGAGCAGUCCAGUAUUAAAACACCUGCUCACAGGUCCGAAACCAGCAUAAUCUCUCACAGGACGAUUGACGAUUCCUUCGAUCACAAAGCCCUUCCUCAGCCUGAUCAUAGUAGAUCCACCUCAGUGCCUGAAGAAUUGUCUGAUGAAGACCCACCAACAGUCACUCCAACCCCAUUGUACGGCAGCCCAGAGUGUCCAACGUCAGGACUGAGGAGCCACUUUUCCACAGAGGGUCUUUUGAAACCUUCUUCAAAGGAAGCCCAGACACAAAUGAUUGAGUCAGUGGAUGAGAAAAUUGAUUCCCAUCAAAGAUCUGACAUUCAGGAAGAGCUGGAGGUGGAAGUAAGCUCCAAGUUUGAGGAUCAACAUUCUGAACGUCUUCUCAAACUAGAAAAGGAAAACAGGCUUGACUCUCAGGAAAGGCUGUCUACAUCUAAACAUGUUUCCUCAUCCACAAGUGAAGAUAAUCGAUAUUCUCCAUCUGCUAGCUUUGAACAAGACAAACAAAUUGAGUCAAGACAAACAUCUGAAGCUGAGGAAGCUGUCAAAUGUGACAUCUCUAAGUCACAUUCAGCUGCAAUGGACCUAAAAAUCUCACCACAUCCAAGCUACAGCUCCUCAUCCAGUGACCAUUCCUGCUCCCCUGAUGCCUUGUCUUCAAAGAAAGAGGCACCCAUCAAGGUUGUUGAGGCAUCUUCUCCCGCAGCAGAUGGGUACCAUGAUGAUUUUGACUCUUCAUUGAAUUCUUCACCCAGGGAGGAGCAUCGUAGUUCCAAGCCUGCCUCCUCUGAGAUCAAGGUAUCGAGAAAGGAUUCCCCAAGUGGAGCCACACUGUAUGACAGCCAGGAUGAGGAGGUGGAGGAGGAAAUAGCUGAAGAACUGAGUCACCAUUCAGGCACCAGUGGGACUAGCCAUCAGUCUGGACGACUGUUAGAUCUUCAAAACCAAACAGAAGACUCUAAACGUGAAAGCAAGGACAUUGUUAAUUCCAGCCACUCACCUCCCAUCUCUCCAUUGCAGACCCCUCUAUCUCCUGUCAAAGAUGAAAUGUCAGGUUUUGACAUCGGAGAUCGAGUUCUCGUCGGUGGUGUUCAGCCCGGCACUCUCAGAUUCAAAGGUCCUACCAGCUUUGCAAAUGGUUUCUGGGCUGGUGUGGAGUUAGACAAGUCUGAGGGGAGCAACAACGGCACCUAUGACGGGGUGGUAUACUUCGAGUGUGAUGAGAGCCAUGGUAUCUUCGCUCCUCCAGACAAGAUCACACACCUGCCAGACAAGUUUGAGAUAUACACAGAUACCACUGAGGACGAGGACUCAUUCUUUGAUGAUCUGUCGGACAAAGGUGGGCAUAAACGUAAAACAGACAAUGACAAGUCCAAAAAUGGAGGAAAUCUGAAGAGUGAAAAUGAACAAACAUCUCAUAAGGUUUAUGGAUCUGGAAAUAAAAAGAUCACAGAUGAGUCUGCGAACAAGGACAGAUCCCACCUCAAUUCACAGCAUCCCAUUUCUAAUGGCAACACUAGGGACAUUAUUUUGGAAUUUGAGGAUGCACCAACCACCCUCCUCAUCUCUGACAUAGAUAGGAUUGGCAUGGGGAAGCACAGUCAGAAGGAGAUUACUACCCUUGAUGAGAGCGAAGAUGUAGACUUCCAACACAAGUUCACUCCUGCAGAUCUUUCCACAGAUAUCAGGGAUAUUAAAGGAGAGCAGAAGGAUAGAGACACAUUGGACACAUUUGCAGACAAGUUCCUCAACAACUUCAUGAAAGACACUGUGAAGCAGUUUGCUGAAAUUAAAAAGGUUAAAGAACAGAAGAUUGAAGCUGCCAAUCAGAUGAAUGGAGACCUGUUUGGUGAAAAUGUUGAAGAGGAAGUCUGGUUCUCUUCAGUGGAACAAAAAGAUGGUCUACCCUUCUUCCUACCUACAGAAAAAGAGGAGUUGUCUUCACCAGAGCUGUGUAACCGACCGGAGAGUCCAGUGUUGGGAGCCAGUGGUCAAGAGGAGCUUGCCAAGCGACUAGCAGAGCUUGAAUUGAGCCGUGAACUGCUAGAUGAGCUUGGUGACGAUCAGGACUGGUUUGAUGAGGACUUUGGCCUCAGCUCCCGCAGAGAACAGCAAAGACUCAAACAAAAAAAGAGGGAGGAAGAGGAAGAAGCGAGGCUGGGAAGAGGAGGGCUGGGGAAGUCUGGCUCAUCACCUGGAGUAGGCCUGGGGGGGCUUGUCUCAUCACCGGGUGGGGAACAGCAGGUCAAGACUCCACCUAGACCGGAGCUGCCUCUCCCCCUGCCCCCCAAACUCCCUGAGCAGCCUGCUAUGGUGGUGCCCCACUCUGCCACAGAGGUGGAGAAGAUGGUCCAUGCUGCCACUCAGGAGAUCUGGGAGAGAUGUGGUCUGGGGAAGGAGGGAGCGCUGAGCCUUUCCCAACUGCCAACCCCCAAACCCACACAAGAGUAUCUGGGUAAAGAGGGCAGCAGCCAGGACCAGGAGGCCCUCAGCAUCCGCAGCUACAGACAGGCUGUUUACGACCUGACUUGGGAGAUGCUUCAGGAGAUCUACACUGAGGAACCCAACACUGAUCAGCCUCAGUGGGUCAAACCACAUCGGGUCAAGUCUUCCUUCUUCCAUAGAGUAAAGACACCAGGUGACAUCACCAAAAUCCAGGAAUUUAUUGCAGCAGAAGUACUGAAACUGUACGGUCUGACAAAAGAUCAGAGCCAGAAGACUGACUGGCAGAAGAUGCUCAAAUUUGGCAGAAAGAAGCGGGAUAGAGUCGAUCACAUACUGGUUCAGGAGCUCCAUGAGGAGGAGGCCCAGUGGGUCAACUAUGACGUGGACGAGCUCUUUGUCAAGAUGCAGCUGGCAGACAGCAUCUUUGAAGCUUUGCUGAAGGACACUGCAAACGUGCUGACGCUAAUUUAUGACAAGAGGGCCAAAAGAGACACCCUCUCCUGAUGGCUUUCCUGCUUCGAAUUUAAACUACAACCUCUAGCUCAACCCCAGUCUUUCCUCACCCCAGUGAACUCCAACCAACCUACCGCCGCUUGGUCUUCCACCAGCUGAUGUGCCAACAGCAAACCCUCAGAUGCCUUCAGUCCCAGCAUUACCUCUCACUAAACAACUCCUACUUAUUUCCGUGACAUUAAUUUGCUGAAUUUGCGUCAGCUGACUAUAGCUGUUUGAAAAUGUGUUCUCCACACACAAUGCCUCUCAAGCAAUCCAGCCUCGUUAAACCUUAACACCAUCUGGUCUCACUUCCCGGGCUGGUCCUUUUUUGUAAACACCAGUUAGAGAAUGAGUAGAUGUUUUAAUAGGACGGACUGUGCCAUUUGUUAGCGUUUAAAGUCCACUGAUGCUGCUAAGAUGAUUGUUCUAGUUGGUGACUGUGAUAUAAGAUCCACCUGGAACAAAAGUUGGUUGUUAUAUUUUGUAUUGAAUCUUAAAGUAAAUGUAUAUAUGGAUUCCAAAAUUGUAAUAGUAUAGCAGAUAAAUAAAAUACAGUGCAGUUUACAGAUGAUUUGACAGUGACAUGAUCGUGUGUUGACUCUGUAAUCCAGCGCAUUCAAAUUAAACAAUGGUUAAACUUUUACUUUGAGGGUGGACAGCAAUGGACUGCCCCUCAUGUGGAGAUCUGUAAGCCUGCCUUAAAUUUGAAAAACUAGUUGACAGCAUCAUACAUUGCAGCCUUCUUGCUUGUGUCAGUGAAUUUUUGUCCAAAAUCUGGUCUUCAGCAAGAAUAAUGUAUAUUCAGUUGGACUAAGAUCAAGUGACUGACCAAAAUAUCUGUGCUAACUCUGGCUGUAUGUUUAGCAUCAUUGUCCUGCUGCAUUGUUUUAAAAUUACCUAAUGUAGAUAUGAACACCCUGGCACCCUUAAAGUUGAGAGUGAGCACUUUUGCUUGAGAAUGAUUGUUUCAUUUUAAAUCCAUUGUGCUGGACAAGAGCGACAACACAUGACAUUUGUCACCAAUCAAACACUGUGACACCGCGCUGUAUUGAAACGUCACUGAGAUCGGAUAUUGUAUGAAACAUAUUGUGUCCAUAAUUAUAUUAUUUAUUGUGCGAAGGUGUUUGAUUCAAGGAGUGAAGAACAUUUUCAGCUGUAUAUGACCUUGUCAACAUAUAGAGAGAAGAUUUUAACAUCUAAUGAAAUUGUAAAAAAGCACAAACAAAUGUGAAUGUGAACAUGGCAAUAUAUUAUGUAGGAGGUUUGAAGAACUGAAACAAGAGAGGGAAAAUGGGGGAAAAACUUUUAGUAUUUAAACGUAGUGUUAAUUAAAGCUGUUCUGUAUGACUUUUAUUGUGGCCACAACUGUCCAGUUGGUCAACUUGAUCGCUGUGUCCCACUUUUGUAUGAUAUGUUAACAUUUUGAAGCAGUUGAAAAACAAUAUGAAAACAUACAGUGAGUGUUACUGUGCUGUAACUGAAGCUUUAGUCCCCCAUUCAACAUUGUUUGUUACUUUUUUGUGUUGGCAUUAAGGGACAAACAUGUCCAUCAACUUCAUGUUCAGAAUCAAGUAACCAUGCCGGCGUUCACUCUGUCAUUUUUUUGGCGUGCAAACACAGUGGAUACUCAAAACAUGGACUGAGUGUAUAGUAUGUAAGUGGGACACACAGGACUGACAGUAGUCACUUGAUAUUUUUAGAACUACACACAGGAUAGAACUGAAAUGCUGGAUUUGAGCCUUACUUAUCCUACAGUCUGUUUACAUUCUCUGACCUGAGAAAACACCUUUGGUCAUCUCUUUAUCAGUUGUCCUGGUAAAGGUCACAAGCUGAACAUUUGCCCAAAACACAUCUAGUCGUGUAGCAACAUGGUUAUAUGCUCCACUUGCUGCUGUGAAACAUUUUAGCAUGCAGCAAGUCAAAACCAGCCAUCAGAAUGUAGCCUGGCAGUGCAGUCAGACAACAGAGGUCUUUCUCAACAUUCAGUUUCAAGUGCCUCUUUGAGUUGAGUUGAGUUGUAGAUUUAUAACAAACUUUGUUGAUUCUUUGAAUCGAAACUUUGAUGUUCAACAUCCUUGGACCUAUUUUCUUUGAAUGUCUCUUUCAACUGCUGUAUGCUACAAUUUUGUAAAUUAUCUUUAAAUAACUGCUCUUCCUUCUAACUGGUUAGCCAAUACUUCAGUUUCUGCCUUAUCCAUCUUUCUGUAUCGAUGCAUAGUUGAGAACGUUUUUUAAAUCUUCUAAUUUUCCUUUGCUUCAGCCCGAGAAAUGUUUUUAUGCCAACAGAAUCAAUGAGUCACGCUAAAAUUUCACCCGAUGCUUGUCCACAUCUCCCCUGUGUCGCCAUAUAGACACAGCUGAGUCAUUUUCUUGAUAAACUCUAUCAGGAGCUACUGUGUGGACACAGGCUGCAUAGCGUGAGUCAUGAAGCUGAUGAGGCUGAGCACGUAGGACUGUUUCCAAGGGCUUACUUUAGUCCUCACUGUUAGCGCUGCUUAGUUCCAACAAACUGUACAAACCCAUUGUGGCUCGUGUGACAGAGCUCCUGAAUCUUCAUUGACUGUUCGGAGCUAAAGUGACCUUAAAUUGAGUACUUCAUCGUUUUUCUACUGUCGAUGUUUUAAGAGUUGCUAAGGGGUUUCGAACUGUAAAUUAUAUAAUGUAGAAAAAGACCAAAAACAUUUGACACCGACCUCUCUCUGUGCUGUAUCGCUUGUAUGUCUGGUCUUUAGGCGUAUGUGACCAUAAUCUUAGAAACACAUACUGUAAGGCUUUAUUGCAAACCCUCUAGGAUUGUCCUGUUUAAUUGAUUGUAUAUGGGAGGAAGUAAAGUUCUCCUCUGAAACUAUGCAGUACUUGGUCUUAUGCAUUGCUUUAUAUGUGUGGACCAAACAGCUCUGUAGAUUUAAUAAACCUUCUAGAAGCUUGAAGCUGUUUGGUGUAGGGUUGGGGUAGAUCUGAAUUGGCACGGAAAGAUUUGAUCAUCAAAUUAACCCAGUCAGACUAGAGUUCCCUUUUCGUCUUUUGAAAUGUUUAUGAAUAUUUAUAAUUAUGUGCUGUGAGUGUGCGCUGAGUGCACUUAAAGACUUGUACAAUUCUUUUAUGUGUGUAAAUAUACUGUCCAUCCCAUCUGACCCACCGUUACUGUAACCUGAGCGAUUGUUGUAAAAUAAACACUGUUUACUUUGCAAAUAUGUGCAUAGUAUAUAUUUGUUAACUAAAUGACCUUUGAAAUUGUAAAUAAAGCUUUCAUUGUUUCUAAACGA